GGAAUAACCCCACACCGGCCUAGGGCUGACAUCAACGUAAAUUUCCAAAUGCCCGCCAAACUUCCUGCCCGGCUCUGCGCUCCGCUCGUCAUUCCUGCCCGGCUCUGCGCUCCGCUCGUCAUUCCUGCCCGGCUCUGCGCUCUGCUCGUCCUCCCUGCUCGGCCGACCAAGCCGAGCCCGAGCCCCACGACAAUGACAUGCGGAAAGUGACGUUCAACGGAGACUUGAGGAAAGCGAUAGGAUGAAAGGGACAAGACGGGCGGAAAACGACGUUCAACGAAGACUUGGUGAAAGCGAUAGGAUGAAAGGGACAAGACCUAAGGACAGGAGCAAAAGGAGGCCCGGCAAAGCCCCGGUGUUUGAGGAGGUGAUAGUGGAGGACAUCCCCGAAGGAGAAGACGAUGAGUCCAGCGAGUGCCGGGUGUCGGCCUUCAAGCGCUUAGGAGGUGAAGAGACCCGGGUGUCGGCCUUCGACAGGCUCGACCACGGACCGGGAGGUCACCCGGGCGACCUCCGCCGACAAAUAACCGAAGGUAGGCGGAGACAUGCUGAGGAGUCCGCGACCUCGGAUGCACGCUCGGCCAGGCCCGAGCGGAGCGGAGAAAGACGGGACGAGCGCACCCAGCGUCGCCAUAGUCCAACAAGAACUGAGAAGACAAGGGCCUCUGACCAAGGGGUAUCUCGGCUCGCUCGUGAGAUUGCCGAGCUCAAGCGCCGAGUGGAGACCAGGGCUCCCUACAGCCAGCCCAUCUUGCGGACGGUAACCCCUUUCACUCCGAGGGUUAUGUCGGUUCCGCUUCCGGCAAACUUCCGGCCGUGGCAGAUCAAGGCCUACAACGGAACGACGGACCCCCAAGAUCAUUUGUCUAAGUUCUAUGCUUCUAUGGAAGUGGCGGCAGCCCCGGACGAGGUCAAGUGCCGAUGCUUUCUCGCGACGCUGGAGGGCUCCAUGUGCGAUUGGUUCAACCGGCUCCCGAAGGGAACUAUUGACGACUGGGAUACGCUAGCGGAGAAGUUCUUGACGCAUUUCGCAGCCAACCGGAGGCAGAGGCUACCUUACUCCCACCUGCUCAACAUCUGCAUCCGCAAAGGAGAGAAGAUCCGCGACUUCAUAACCCGGUGGGAGAAGGAAGCAAGAGACGUGCACGGGGCGGAUGACCAAGCGUUGGUGGCCAUGUUCCAAGCAGCCCUUCCCCGCGGUGAGGUGAGGAAGGAGCUCCGCAAGAAUCCUCCCCCCACGUACCAAGAAACCUUGGCGCGCGCGAAGUUCUUGGCCUCAGAGGAAUUCGAUGAUGCCCCUGACUCCGAGGCCGCGCCGACCAACGGCGCCAAGUACUGCGAUUAUCACCGCAACAACACUCACAACACUAAGGAAUGCUUCACUCUUCAGAAGGAGAUGCAGCGACUCAUCGCCCGAGGGCCGGCUCCGCGAGACGAUGGAGCAGCCUCUUCCCGGGGUCCACCAGAAGGGAGAACAUGGAGGAAGCCGACCGAUCCGGUCGCGGUGGCCACGCAAGCGAGGAACCCCGAGAAGAGGCACAUUGGGCGAGAGUGUGAUGAUCUAGACGAGGACGAAGCCCAAGGAUAUCCGGUGGGGUUCAUCCAUGGAGGAAAUAUCGGCGGGGACUCCGCCGCUCAAAGGAAGAGGUGGAAGCACAUGGCCUUCGUCGCCAAGGUCCAACAGGCGCCGACGCCCAAGCUCGGAAGACGAGAGCCUCCGGUUCUCGCGAAACCCGAAGCGGGGGAGACCUUGUACUUAUACUUGGGAGUUUCACCCAAAGCUUUGAGCUCGGUCCCAGUCCGAGAAGAGGGUGGAGCUCAGCACCCGGUGUAUUAUACGGCGAAGACGCUGAGGGAGGAGCCGAGCCCGGAAGAGCCGGAAGCCGAGGACGGGUGGAUAGUUUUUACCGACGGCUUCUCCGCCGCCAAAAACUCGGGGGGUGGAGUGGUAGUCAUCGCUCCCGAAGGCUUCAGAGCAUACUACUCAAUUCGAUUCAGUUUCAAGGCAUCAAACAAUGAAGCGGAAUAUGAAGCGCUCCUGUGCGGACUACGCCUAGCAGCCGGGAUGAACGCAAGCUCAGCCGGAGAAAGGCCGAGCGCAGACCAUACCCGGAUGUUUUUCCCGGAUGAAGGUCAAACCCUUGUGCUUGGCGUUCCUCCUCAGGAGGAAGGUCGAGCGCAGACCAUACCCGGAUGUUCUUCCCGGGUGAAGGUCAAACUCUUGUGCUUGGCGUUCCUCCUCAGGAGGAGGGCCGAGCGCAGACCUGCCCGGAUGUUCUUCCCGGAUGAAGGUCAAACCCUUGUGUUUGGCGUCCCUCCUCAGGAGGAAGGUCGAGCGCAGACCAUACCCGAAUGUUCUUCCCGGAUGAAGGUCAAACCCUUGUACUUGGCGUUCCUCCUCAGAAGGGAGGCCGAGCGCAGACCAUACCCGGAUGUUCUUCCCGGAUGAAGGUCAAACCCUUGCGCUUGGCGUUCCUCCGCAGGAGAAAGGCCGAGCGCAGACCAUACCCGGAUGUUCUUCCCGG